CGGCAGUGACAGGAGCCGAGGAAGACGCCCACUUCUACCGAUGGAGGAGAAACGCAUUUUGUGCAUCGGACUUGUGUGCCUGGACAUAAUCAGCGUGGUGGACAAUUAUCCGGAGGAGGAUUCGGACACUAGGUGUUUGUCGCAGCGCUGGCAACGUGGAGGGAACGCCUCCAACACCUGUACCGUUCUGGCCCUACUGGGCGCCCCUUGUGCUUUUAUGGGUUCGUUAGCUCCUGGUCAUGCUGCAAAACAGAGAACCUCACCCCACCCCCAAGAAGAUGCUCAUGUUUUCUGCCCUCCCAGCUUCGUCCGUGAUGAUUUCCAACGCUAUGAGGUGGAUCUCACCCAUGUGGCUUUGCAUCUGGCAUGCAGCUUGCCCAUUUCAACGGUGAUCAGCAAUUCAGCCACAGGCACCCGCACGAUCCUGCACGCUGCUAGCAAUCUGCCAGAUGUGACAGCUGCUGAUUUUGAAAAAGUUGACCUGUCUCAAUACAAAUGGAUCCAUUGGGAGGGGAGGAAUGCUUCGGAACAGGUUAAAAUGCUGCAACAGGUGGAAAAGUAUAACCAAGCCUGUCCACCAUCUGAGCGAGUGACCACAUCUUUGGAGGUGGAAAAGACCAGGCCAGAACUGUACCAGCUGUUUUCCUAUGGAGAUGUGGUCUUUGUCAGCAAAGAUGUGGCCAAGACAUUUGGAUUCUACUCAGCUCCUGAGGCUGUGAAAGGGCUCUAUGGGCGUUUGAAGCCAGGAGCUACUUUGGUCUGUGCUUGGGCUGAGUAUGGAGCUGACGCAAUGGGACCAGAUGGACUGCUGGUGCAUUCAGAUGCAGUCUCCCCUGAAACUGUUGUGGACACUCUGGGGGCUGGAGACACGUUCAAUGCUGCUGUGAUCCUGGCUCUAAGCAAAGUGUUGUGUAGGCUUUUCCCCAACGGAACCUGCUGAGAGAAUGACCAGAAUGAUCAUCUGAAACGCACAGCUAAAUCCUUAGCCAGACUGCGAAAUUAUAGUGGUAAGUGCUGUCCUGUCCCUCUGCUACAGCUCCUUACUUGAGGAAGGCAGAGUAAGAGAUUCUAAGCAGGCUCUCCAGAAUUGGGAGCCUGCUCUGUGAAGAGAGAGACUAUUCGGGGAGACAACCUGCUGAGGCAGGCUUUUCAGUUUAGAAAAAUCUUUCCUACCUAGGUAGCAUCACCUCCUAGAAAGGCUGUGGUCCUGUAUACUGGGGGAGGGAGGGAAGAGGCUUCUAUGUCUGAUUGAUGCACUGAGGGGAAAGGGGAGCCAUUGUGCUAGGGGUAACUUUUUAGUGACUUCUGUUUCUCAAGUUUUAGAUUUGGGAUAUGCAUCCCUUGAAAGCUGGAAAAGAAAUCUCUUUAGAUAACAGAGUGCAGAGCUGAUUGAACAGGGAAUCCUAUUCUGUUUUGCUUUGGUAGAGAAGAGUUGAAAACUCAGAGCAGAUUGCACAGAAGGAAAUGUUGGGAAAGGGGUGAUUAUCUGCAUUCCAUUUCUGAAAUUGACCUGCAAGCCAAUCGCCUAAGGUUAUGCACAGGGUAUAUUUCAAUCUCCUGGAGCAGAAGGCAUCUCUUCCCCUUGUUGAUCUGGGUUUCCUGCGGUUUCCUGACCGAGCUCUUCUCCAUGCUUCUCCGGGAUCCACAAUUGGUCACCCAUCAUGUCUUGCUCCUGAACUGCUGGUGCAGGUGGGGAGCCUCCAUUGCUUUGUUGGUCAGAAGGACUUGGGAAACCUGGUUUAUUUGGCUUAGGAAGUGCCCACAGGACUGGGCCAUCUUCUUCACUGACAGAGGUAAGGAAGUUUGGUUUCUCUCCCUGCCGAGGAGGAAGAAACAACUCUGAAGGCUCCAAUAGUCCAUCCCAGUUGAAGUCCUGAGUCUCCAAGAUACUGUCCACCAUUGGCACUACCUAAAAGGAGAAUAGGAGAGGUAAUCAAGAAAGCCUUCCAAUUAUCAACACAAGAUAAGGAACAAUGUAACUGACAUAUUCUAUAGACAGAAGAAAAAUUUAAAAAACUGAGCUGGAUCAGGCCAAGUCUAGUUCAGCUUCCUUUUCCUACCAUGGCCAACAAGAUACUUUUAGAACAGAAACAGUGUACACUAUUUGGAGCUUAUCUAUUGAGAGAGAGAGCCAGUUUGGUGUAGUGGUUAAAGCAUCAGGAUGGAAAUCUGAUUUCUGGGUGAGUGAUUUUCACUCAGCCCUAGGAAGGAAGCACUGGCAAACCAUUACCAAAAAAGUUUGCCAAGAAAACUACUUGUCCAAGCAGUCUCUGAAAACAGACACAACUGAACAGAAAAAAAAAUCUACUGAAUACAGGGAUUCAGAUAAGGCUCAAUCAGAAAGAGUGAGAACAGCUAGAGGCAACUCUUGUGUUACUCAAGAGUUGGUAUAAAUGUAGGGACUUCCGGUGAAGAUCCAUGGUGAACUAGUCAUCCCAAUAGAAGGAAUCUAUGGAUUGGCAUGUUUUAUAGCACAAGGUGAGUUUUGUUCAAUCCUUCAUAAAAGUUUUAAAUACAAGCUUAAAACUUAAAAGUUUAAACAAUGUGGAAUAAACAGAAAAAGGGUUAUUAGAACAUUGAUUUCAGAAAGCUACAAAUGGACUAAGGGUUCAGAUAGAUUUGAAAUAAGAUUUUGAAAUUAAUUAUAACUAGCCUUCCCAUGGGAAAAUGCUGUUAUUUUGAAUUCUAAAAAGCCCCUGAUAGGAUAGGACUUUGAAGGUUGGACACUACAGAGGGAGCCAGAAUGAACUAACAAUUAUAAUUAAAGAAGAACAUUUACAUUUGAUGAACUAAUUUAGAAUGGAGCAGUACUUUGACACUAGACAUACUGAGGGACAUUGAGUAACAAUGGAUCCAAAAGUUACUUUUAAGAGUAUGUACCAUUAACUUGAUGUUAAUCAAGAGGAACAAGUUUUACCAGAUAAGACUGAGAUUGAUUUGAAAGUGGAUUUGAAGAUGAGAGGCUACAAAAAUGAUAUAGAAAAAGAUGCUGCACUGGAAAUGCAGAUGACACCAGUUGAUACCUUAAUGAUUAAAAGGAAUAAACAGAUAACAAACUAAAA